ACUCCAGCUCAGCUCUCUGAAACUGCCGCUAACGCGGUGGUGUUUAGACUCAGCUCCUCCAGCGCGAGACGGGGAGAGUCAGCGAACCGCUGUUAGACUCGGACUUUGGGCUUCAGUUCGUUCAAUUUCGCAGCUCCAUGCAAACCUCCAUAGUUGGCAUCCUGCUGUGUGGAGUGUCAGUGGCUCUGACUAUGUUUAACGUGUCAGAGGAGCGCUCCCAUUGCCCUCUGGGAUAUUUUCCCUGUGGUAACCUGAGCACUUGUCUGCCUCAGCUCCUGCACUGCAACGGUGUGGACGACUGCGGGAACCAGGCCGACGAAGAGAACUGCGGAGACAACAACGGCUGGCCUCAUUUGUUUGACAAAUAUUUCGGAGUCCCCAGUAACGACCUCGGAACCAAAUCAAAUGCAUGUUUGCUUGGCUUCGUUCCAGCUGAGUGUCAGUGCAGGGAUUUGGAGCUGGACUGUGACGGUGCUCACUUUAAAGACGUCCCCACGGUCUCCAUUAAUGUCACCAUGAUGUCCUUGCAGAGGAACCGGCUGAGGAAGCUGAACGCUGACAUGUUCAUUAAGUACCAAAGUCUUCAGAAGCUAUACCUGCAGCACAACCGAAUCGAAGUGGUGGAGCCCCAUGCAUUCCGGGGCCUUUACAACCUGACACGCCUGUAUUUGAGUCAUAAUCGAAUCUCCAGCCUAAUGCCAGGAGUAUUCCAGGACCUGCACAAGCUAGAAUGGCUGAUUCUGGAACACAACAAAAUCCACCACAUAUCCUCUCUGACCUUCUCUGGCUUGCGCUCUCUCGUGCUGCUGGUUCUGUUGAACAACGCACUAACGAAGCUUGAUGAUGUUUGUCUGGAGAUGCCGCGAUUAAACUGGCUAGACAUGGAGGGGAAUCAGAUCGAGGUUGUGGAGAAUAUGACAUUCUGGUCAUGUAGCAUGCUUACAGUGCUGGUCCUCCAGAGAAACAGAAUUAGUCACAUCCAUGAACAGGCUUUCUCUGUGCUCCGCAAGUUGGGCGAGCUAGACUUAUCCAGCAACAGGAUCAAGACGAUCCCACCCAAUCUCUUUGUAAAUCUGGGGGACUUGUUGCAGCUGAAUAUUUCAUAUAACCCAAUCCAGGACCUGCAAAUGGACCAUUUCGACAAACUGCAUAAAUUAAAGUCUUUGAGCAUCGAGGGGAUCGAGAUUGGGAACAUUCACAGAAGGAUGUUUGAACCUCUCAAAAACCUGACUCACAUCUACUUUAAGAAGUUCCAGUAUUGUGGUUAUGCCCCUCAUGUGCGUAGCUGCAAGCCCAACACAGACGGCAUCUCGUCCUUUGAGGACCUGCUGGCCAACAUCGUCCUGCGUGUCUUCGUCUGGGUCGUCUCUGCCACCACCUGCUUUGGCAACAUCUUCGUCAUCUGCAUGCGCUCCUACAUCCGCUCCGAGAACAAGCUCCACGCCAUGUGCAUCAUUUCCCUGUGCUGUGCUGACGGUUUGAUGGGCGUCUAUCUGUUCGUGAUCGGGGCGUAUGACCUGAAGUUCCGCGGAGAGUAUAACCGCCACGCCCAGGCGUGGAUGGACAGUGUGCCGUGUCAAGUGGUGGGCUCUCUGGCCAUGCUGUCUACAGAGGUGUCCGUCAUGCUUCUCACUUACCUUACUUUAGAGAAGUACAUCUGCAUCGUAUACCCCUUCCGCUACCUGACCCCUGGACGGCGGCGCACCGUCACUAUACUGGUGGCCAUCUGGAUCCUGGGCUUUAUCAUUGCUUUCUUACCUCUGGUGUGUAAAGAGGUGUUCCGAAACUUCUAUGGCACCAAUGGAGUCUGUUUCCCCCUCCAUUCGGAGCAGCCAGAGACUGCAGGAGCACAGAUCUACUCCAUUGUCAUCUUUCUGGGUCUGAACCUGGUGGCAUUCCUCAUCAUUGUGUUGUCCUAUGGGAGCAUGUUUUAUAACAUCCAGAGGACCGGAACCCAGACGACCAAAUACAGCAACCACAUAAAGAAAGAACUGACUAUAGCCAAACGCUUCUUCUCCAUUGUCAUCACAGAUUCACUUUGCUGGAUUCCCAUUUUCAUCCUCAAGAUCUUAUCACUUAUGGAGGUGGAAAUCCCAGGAACCAUCAGCUCAUGGGUGGUCAUCUUCAUCCUGCCCAUAAACAGCGCUCUAAACCCUAUCCUCUACACGCUGACCACACGGCCCUUCAAGGAGACCCUCUUGCAGGUGUGGUCAAACUACAGACAGCGAAGACCACUGCUCAGCAGCCAUCCGGCCCACCUGCCCUCCUUCACCUGGCAGGAGAUGUGGCCCCUUCAGGAGACCAGCCAGAACCUGACCUCACCCGAAUACCUGGCACACCCUUCCGAAAUGUCCUGCACAUCCGGGACGUCCCACCUUUUGCCUGCCGAGGAAAUGAACAGGACAUGAUGCUUUAUGGAGGGAUCCUGCCGACUACGC